AUGACAGUGCAUAAGCUUUCAAAAUGGCGUUUAGAAUCAUUGUCUGGAAUUCGAUCUUCUGAGUGAAGUGUUUUGUGACUGCUGGUUGGAUCGUGAUCGCAUCCUCAGGAUUGAUUCAAAUUCCACGUUAAUUGCAGUACAGGAGGUUGCGUGUGAAGGUUCUCGCUUCGGUGCAAUUCAAGUGCUGGAAGCUCGUCAGCAGAAAGUGGAAGGAAAACGUCAAUAGCGUGAAAACUUUUUUCGUCGUAUCAAUUCUCCUCGCCAGAGGAUGGUGGCCGUCAUUUUUACUGUUGCAAAGGCCACGGAUUAUUCAGUAACGGUGCGGUGUGGUCGCGUUUGUGCGUGAACUAUGCUCUGGUCGCAAAUCGCAGCAAUUGAAUUCAAUCGAACCCACGACAAAUCAAGGACUUCCACUAUCCGCUCUGAACUCUCGACGCUCGUGUGAACUUUUUCUUUUGUCAACCAAAAUAGAACUUUGAAGGGAAACGACAACAACAACGGCAAAAUGCAAUCGGACGAGGAGAGCUGCUUCGAGGAGAAGUGCCUGGAGGCGAUCAACUCGCAGCAAGACCUCGAGAUAGAGUUCGUGGCGCAGCGAGACACGGCCGCCAGGAACAUUUGGAGCGCCUUCCAGGACUCUGCGACGUCCAUCGCCCAGUUGUAUCGCGAGCGCUGCGCGUACAAUGAAAGCGACACGGCGGCUCUAUGGUUGCCAUUUCAAACAGCAGCAGGUACUGUUACUACAUUAUAUAAAGAAUCAUGUGAAGGUAUCAAGAAAACUAGCGAUGUAGCCGUACAAUACGGGUACCAAAGACGGACUAGAGAAAUUGCUGAUUGGGCGCGCAGUAAAAGAAGGCGUUACAUACGUCGAGAAGAUUUACUUGCGUAUUUAGCUGGUAAGCCGCCACCACCUCUACAUGUCACACGGGUUUCUCAGUUACGUUUAUCGCCAAAGCCAGAAUCACCACUUAACAGUAGUAACCAAUUUUUAGUCGGACCAAAUCAAAUGCCUGCUGAACCGACAGAUCUUCACACGUUCAAAGAAGCAUUAGUCAGAAGACCGAGGGGCCCCGAACUCUACGCAUUUGUAGCUAGUGAAAUAGCUCGAAACUGUAAACGUCCAGCCAGUCCCCUAGAUGUUAAUAUGGAUGUUCAAAAUCUUAGCAAUAAGCGACAACGUUACAUGUAGAAUUCACUCAUCAGAAUGAUUUAUAAAAUAACUAUGAAUAGGCGUGAGGAAAUAGUAAGGAAAAGUCACUGGAAACCCGAGCAUCCCACAUGAGAAAAUCUUCAAACCUGUUUGGAUGGAAACUUUUCAAGAUACUCCCGGUCAUCUGAAAUUUCAAAAAUUAAUAAAACAACGUAGAUUAAAGAUGUUUCAAUUGAAAGCGAAUUAAACUGUGAGCAAUAGCAUAUGAAAGAUCCUUUUUUUAAAUUCAUCGGUUUUCAUGAAUCUUAGAGUCAUAAAUUCAAUACGAGUACAUUUUUCUUCUAGGUAUUAUCUUUCUUUGCUUAAGUGUAUCGCAAAACAGCGGAAAGUUAUAUAUAUCUAUAUAUAUAUAUUUAUACAUAUAUAUCGAUGAACAAGACCCUAAACGUUUAGAGGAUAAUGUAAAAAGGAUUAAAUUUAGCAAUACAUAGGUAAAAGUAAUGAUGAUAAUGAUAAGCGUAAACCAAUAAUAUCAAAUCGCACUGUAAUUAAUAAUUAUGAGAACAAUAAUGCAUAGACAGAGACAGACACACUUUUUAUAAUUUAUCAGCUGAAUUGUUCUUUCCAUACUCAUACAUAUACGUACGCCUUUCCAUUUCGUCUCUUUAUGUAUCAUUUUCUAUUUUCAUAAAUUUUAUCUUCUUGUUAAAGUCUAUUAUUUCAAAUUGAUGCUGUUAAUAGUUUGCAAAUUAAAUUGAUGUCCUCGAACGUUGUUUAAUAAUUUAUUUAGUAGUAAUCAUAUUUUUUGGCAAAAGUAGGAAUUGAAUCUAUAAGUAGAGCGAACUGUGUCUUCAAUAAAACAUUAUCAUGAU